UUCACUGUGAUCAAAGCUGGCCUGGUCAAGGAGAGAAGAAAUGGAGGCAUUGGGUAUCGGCCACGCGUGAAAUCCUAUAUUCAUGACGGCAGAGGAUUUCGUUGAAUGGUUUUUUAUUCUGUGGCACUGUUCAACUCCUAAGGGUGGUAAGUCACUCAAUUAUCACAGGAUAACGGACAAUUUUGACAUAGGAAACAGAAGACGUAGGGGAAUCGCAACGCUCGUGUGGCCAAAACCAAGCCGGGUUCCUAUGCGGCGCUCGACCUUAUUCGCGUCAUCCUCGGAAGUCCCUGCUGGCCUUUCAAGCUCCCUUGGCCCGUGGCCCGCCCUGCCAUGGCGCGAACGGCGCUGGCGGAGGCUUCUGCUCCAGGAAUUCCGGCUUCUUCUAGCCCAACCUCGACCAAGCGAUGGGCACUGGCGACAUCGUCUACGCCGGAAGCAACACCUACAUCCGCGACGUCUUCAUCUUCACCGCCCGAGUCCGCGAUGUCGCCCAAUCCGCGGCGAGGACCUUGCCAAGGCCCGCUUGCCGCAGUGAUGCGCUUGAGCAGGUAAUCGAGGAGCUGGAGGGCAGUGCCACGACUGAGGGCCAGGCGGGGGCAGGAUGACUCAGCAGGACUCGAUUGGAGCUUUGAGGAACUCACGACGGAACUCACUAGGUGAGUUGCCGCGUGAGUCAGCCAAAUUGUGUGAAGGAGGAAACUGUAUUUA